CGCCCUGACGGUCACUGACAGCUAAACUGAAACAGACUGACACACAGCAACACAACACACACAGGAGAAACAACCAGUCGGUAAAAUGAAGGACAACAGUUUGCCCCGAAUAUUCGUUAUUAUCUUGUGUGCUGUGGUUUUUGUUGCAGUGCUGGUUGCUAACGCGUUGGCCGGAGCUGGAAAGGGACCUUUCCAUUCCUCUACCGGUAAUGUGUCAGCCCGCUAUGAGACAGACAUCACUCCAGCUGGCUGGACCUUCUCUAUCUGGGGUGUUAUCUAUACCUGGCUCACCCUGAUGGUCAUAUACAUCACCUCAUAUGUGUUCAGAGGAUCCUGGGCUCAGAGUCUGCUGCCGUAUGCCUUCUAUUUUUGCUGGCUGUCCAACAUGGUGCUGAACGUGACGUGGCUGGUACUGUGGGACAGAGAGUUUAUGCUGGCAGCUCUGGUUGUUUUAAUCCUGAUUUCCAUUACCAACUACAGCGCCUUGUUCUUCUGCUGCUUUGCCACAGAUUACUAUGGACUCUGGUUGCAGACAUACCAUCGCAAGGACCUGGCCUGUCUCAGAAUACUGGUCCAGAAUGGUUUGGCUGUCUACACCACGUGGACAUCCAUCGCCUCUCUCAUCAACUUCUCAUUGGUUCUCCACCUGUGGGGUGUGGACAGGAGCACAGCAGCAACCGCCUCUCUGUGCAUCCUGUUUGCAGAGGUGGUGGGAUGGUUCAUCCUUGAGAACUGGGUACUGGACCGCUGGGUGCGUAACAUCCUGACAGUCUACCCUGUGGUGAUCGUGGCGCUGGUCGGAAACAUAAUGAGACAUUUUAACCCAGCUGAUCCCACUCCGAAUUCUGUGUUCAUGGUUGUGUUGCUGGUGCUAGCGUGCGUCCUGCUGGUUUCCCGAGUCUUUACGGUCAUCUGGAGGAACACGUGGCGGCCUCUCCACUCCCCGGGCUCAGCUCGGCUGAUGAUAUCGCCUCUGGACGGCAGCAAAUUUAUGCUCUUUUCUUAAACAGUAGGAACUCGGCCAGAACUGUGGGCCCUCAGCUCUCAGUGCAGACACACUCACACCAGCCUCUGUGAUGAUAAUAACUGGGAAACAGAUGUGUAGGACAGCCUCUCCUUUAGUCGGCUCUCACUCUGCAGUUAAGACAAUGCAACACUUCUUUCACAUCAGAAAUACUAACAAACUACUCUGACUGUUUACCACUACUUACAUUAACACUGUCUGUACGUGAAUUAUGUUUUUUAUGUUUUGUAUUUCUGUUUUAAGGCAGUUUAAUUGUUGCAUUUAUGGCUUUGUUUUUUUAUUUUGCAUCUAUACAUGCUGUCAGCACUUUUUGACAAUAUCAAGAAAAUGAAGAAAAUUAAUCUUUUUUAAAAGCAUGUCGAGCUUUGUUGAAUUCAUUCUGAUUUACUAAUUAAAGCUCUCUGUUUCAGAUCUAUUGCAGGCUGUUCGUGUGAUAUGUAUUAUGAUAUAUACAUGAAAAAAAUCAGAUGUGGAGACCAUGUUUACUUUGUAAAACUGGGAACAGACCUGAUAUCACAGAACUUGUGACGUCCUCUCCCCUGGUCUCUUCUGUCUCUUAUCCAAUCUUUGAUAAGUGCUCUUAAUUCUGACAGAUUACAAAAUGCCUGUUGAUCCUUCACACAGCUUAGCACUUUAUUUUUCUGAUCUUUAUUCUCAGUGCUGCUGUUUUCCUGGCUUUUAUCAUAUAUCUUGUGUUUUAUUCUGAAAUGUGUACAUUGUAUCAACACUUUUAAUGUCUUCAAUAGUCUUGUUGUGUUUUCAUUGUGUUUAAGUUUUUGUGUUUUCGUGCUGCCUUGCUGCAAAAAGAAGUUAGGAGUUCCUCUUGUGUGACAAUGAACUUCUAAACUACUACAUUUCUUAUUGGACACCACACACAUUGAGACAGAACACCUGUCAAAGUAAAAGCAGAGGUUCCUGUCACUAACAGAUGAGCACCUACUGCAGUUGUUGCCCUCUCAUGGUGCAAAUGUCUUUGUAACGGUUGGCUUUUUUAGUGUGAGCAUCCUGUAGGUGACAGCAAAUGAAUGACAGGAGACAACAAACCUUUAUUACACAGCACAAUGAAGAGUGUAGAGCUGCUCCUGCACUCUGAUCCUCUUUAGGAUCUCAGAGAUCAGCUGCAGCAGUGGGCCUGUCUGUCCAUUUGACCUGUUACAUCCUGGUGGAGCCUCAGCUUGAGCUGCAGCACUGAGUGUUGAUCCAACUAAAAGCAGUUAUAUGGUCAAAAUCUUGCAUGUAGUUCAAUAUGUAACCGUCACUGAUGGAUUAACACCUUGAUUGAGCUUCAACAACAACAUAGAACUAAAAAAAAAACUCUACUCCUGAUCUAGAGGACAGAGGGUGAGAUUGCAGUUGUCAUACUGUGGUGUAUAAAUUCACAACCAUUGUUGGAACAAAUUGUUGCUCAUGUUGCUCACUCCAGCUUAUUUCAGGACUGACCACCAUCUGUUUGGCUGAGCAGAAUAUUACUGAUUCAGUGUCAUGGCUCUCGUGGCUCGUGUGUUUGUGUUUCCAAUGUAAUGUCACAAGAUUAUUUUUCAAAAAAAAAAAAAAAAAAUCAGCUCUGGUCUUCA